GUUUAUUAGCUGGGAAUUGAAUGCUUCAGUUUUGGACUGACUCUUUUGCGCGCAGUAGAAAAUAAACACUAAAGGGCAUGCGUAUAUAAGAUUGUGGAAUUUCUGGGUAGAACAUACAAGUAUAUAUAAAAUACGUGCAAGAUGGUGGCGGGAGGUGUUAAUUUGGCAGUGAAGUAUGUGGUUUGGGUGACAGGGCUUUAUUUGGUUGCGAAAUCAUCAUCAUCAUCAUCAUCAGCUGAUGUUAAGGAGCGAUUGAACAUAUGGCCCAUGCCCAAAUCAGUGAGCCAUGGCCACCAUAGCCUUUAUUUGAGCAACGAGUUUGAGCUGAAGACCCAUGGAAGCACUUAUCCGGAUGUUUCUGGGAUUCUCAAGGAUGGAUUCCUGAGGACACUUGAUGUGAUCAAAGGUGCUCAUGUUAUUGAUUUCUCUCUCAAUUCCAACCUACUCAAAGGGAUUCAUGUGGACGUUCUUUCGCCCCACGAUGAGCUGCAGCACGGAGUGGACGAGUCUUACAACUUGUCCAUACCUGGGGAUACUAACGGCGUCUAUGCAUACCUUAGGGUGGGUUUUACCAGGCACCAACAGUUUAUGGAGCUCUACACGGGUUGCAGACAUUUAGCCAAUUAUGCUAUUUCAACUUCCAAGCCAAAGCACUUGAAGUGCGUCAAGUACCAUGGACUAUAUUGGACCAGCCAAGGUUCACUUAUCGAGGCCUUUUAAUCGAUACGGCACGACAUUAUCUGCCACUUCCAGUAAUAAAGAAAGUUAUUGAUUCCAUGACAUAUGCGAAACUGAACGUAUUGCAUUGGCAUAUUGUGGAUACACAAUCUUUCCCACUUGAAAUGCAUUCGUAUCCAAAACUGUGGGACGGGGCUUAUUCUAGUCUAGAGCGGUACACGAUAGGUGAUGCUACUGAAAUUGUAAGAUAUGCGCAAAGACGUGGAAUCAAUGUCUUGGCUGAAAUCGAUGUUCCAGGACAUGCACAGUCGUGGGGUGUAGGCUAUCCUUCACUAUGGCCAUCAAAAGACUGUCAGCAGCCAUUAGAUGUGAGCAAUGAAUUCACCUUCAACGUAAUAGAUGGCAUCCUCUCAGAUUUCAGUAAGAUCUUCAAAUACAAGUUUAUUCAUCUUGGGGGAGAUGAAGUGAAUACGAGCUGCUGGACAUCAACUCCUCGUAUAAACAAUUGGUUACAGAAACACCAACUGGAUGGACCAAUGGCAUACCAGUAUUUUGUCUUACGUGCACAGAAGAUAGCUUUAUCUCAUGGAUAUGAUAUUAUAAACUGGGAAGAGACCUUCAACAAUUUUGGCAAUAAGUUGAGCCCCAAAACUGUGGUCCACAAUUGGCUAGGCAGUGGUGUGGCUCAGCAAGUGGCUGCAGCAGGAUUGCGGUGCAUCGUGAGCAACCAAGACAAGUGGUAUCUUGACCAUUUGGAUGCCACGUGGCAGGGUUUUUACAUGAACGAUCCGCUCGCUAACAUCACCGACAUCAAGCAGCAGGCUUUGGUUCUUGGAGGAGAGGUAUGCAUGUGGGGAGAACACAUUGAUGGUUCUGACAUAGAGCAAACGAUAUGGCCCCGUGCCGCUGCUGCUGCAGAGAGGCUAUGGACAUCAUAUGACAAUAUCGCCAAGGAUCCACUUAAAAUUGCUGGAAGGCUGGCACACUUCAGGUGUCUGUUGAACAAUAGAGGAGUUGCUGCUGCUCCAUUGUUGGGUUUAGGGCGAGAUGUGCCGUCAGAUCCAGGCUCUUGCCAUUUGCAGUAGUACGUGGGAACAAAAUGUAUAAUCAUCCUAUACUUGUCUGUUCACUUCAACCCUCAUAACUAAUCUAAUAAACACACAUAAGAAUAGAUGUGUGCUGAACUAUGUUAUUCUUAAUCAAUUGAAAAGAAAUAAUGUGUCAUAUUGUUCCAAUACCUUUUUUUUCAUCAUUUCCAAUAGAGACAAAGACUCACAAUUUUUUUGGCUUGACAAUAUGAUGUAAUAGAGCGCUAAAUUGUCUAUGCAAUUUUUGACGUGAUUUUCAUCAAAACAUUCCGUG